AUGAACAAAGUCCCUACCUGCGUUGAUGGCAGAUUCAGGCUUGGAGAUGUUCUGGGUUUGGGCACAUACGCUGUUGUGUACCACGCACAAAACUUCUUAAAGGAUGAUUCAGUUGCUAUUAAACUUGAACCCACCAUCAACCACUCCCUUUGCAAUGUUGUGAAUCUAGGAGACCAACUACUCUCAUGUCUCAAAUAUAUCCACUCGCACAAUUUUGUGCACAGUGAUAUUAAACUGCAGAAUAUAUUGGUAGGUCUCAACGAUUUGAGGCACACCGCCUUCAUUGUUGACUUUGGUAUUGCAAAGGAGUACUGCAGCACUUCAACUAGAACCCAUGUGCCAUUUCGCCAAGGCCAAAAUCUCACUGGUACCCCUGCGUUCGCCUCGAUCAACAGUCAUUUGAGAGUUGAGACGGGUCGUCGUGAUAAUAUUGACUCAACCAUGCUGGAACGCAAAGUAAACACUACCAUUGAAGUUUUAUGUCAUGGAAUCCCUGUUGGGUUUGCAAGUCUUCUCAUUUACACACGCUCCCUUGCAUUCUCACAGGAUCCUGAUUACAACUACCUUCGCUCAUUACUCCAUGAUCUUCAUGCUACCUUACCUAUACCAGCUUCAUACUUGCUGGAUUUCAUCAUAUACUUGUACAUAUCUUCUCGCUAA